UGGCCCAUGCUAACUAGGCCUGGAACGUGAGCGGGAUUAGAGCGCGUCGGUGGAGCAGCCGGUGCGGCCUGCGCGCGCGCGGGGGAUCGCGGCGGGGUGAGGUCUCCGCACUGAGGACCAGGCCUCAAAAUGGCCAUAUGCAUCCUCCAGUAGCGGCAAAAUACCGCCCAGGACCACACUGCGGCCUGACUGCUGGUCUCUCGGGGAGAGGGGGAAGCAAAGACCCCCGUCCACGCCCUGGACCUCGGCUUCUGCCUUUCUCCGGUGGAGGAGUGGAGAUCCUAUGGAGAAGGGCCGAUCUCUCUAAAUAUGCCCCAGGAUGACGGAGCGGCCGCCGAGCGAGGCGGCACGGAGUGACCCUCCACUGGAGGGACGGGAGGCGGCCGAGGCCCGCAUGGCCCCCCCGCACCUGGUCCUGCUGAACGGCGUCGCCAAGGAGACGAGUCGCACGGCCCCGGUCGAGCUCCCGGUCAUCGAGCUGGGCGCGCGCGGCGGCCCGGGGGGCGGCCCCGCGGGUGGAGGCGGCGCCGCGCGAGACUUAAAGGGCCGCGACGCGGCCGCGGCCGAAGCGCGCCAUCGGGUGCCGACCACCGAGCUGUGCAGACCUCCGGGCUCCGCCCCGGCGCCCGCGCCCGCCCCGGCGCCUGCUGAGCUGCCCGGCGACGGCCGCAUGGUGCAGCUGAGCCCGCCCGCGCUGGCGGCCCCCGCCGCCCCCGGCCGCACGCUGCUCUACAGCCUCAGCCAGCCGCUGGCCUCGCUCGGCAGUGGGUUCUUUGGGGAGCCAGAUGCCUUUCCUAUGUUUGCCACCAACAACCGAGUGAAGAGGAGACCCUCCCCUUAUGAGAUGGAGAUUACUGACGGUCCCCACACCAAAGUAGUAAGGCGCAUCUUCACCAAUAGUCGGGAGCGAUGGCGGCAGCAGAAUGUGAAUGGGGCCUUUGCUGAACUCCGCAAGCUGAUCCCCACGCACCCCCCAGACAAGAAGCUCAGCAAGAAUGAAAUCCUCCGCCUGGCCAUGAAAUACAUCAACUUCUUGGCCAAGCUGCUCAAUGACCAGGAGGAGGAGGGCACCCAGCGGGCCAAGCCUGGCAAGGACCCUGUGGUGGGGGCUGGUGGAGCGAGUGGGGGUGGAGGGGGUGGUGCACCUCCAGACGACCUCCUGCAGGACGUGCUGUCCCCCAACUCCAGCUGUGGCAGCUCCCUAGAUGGAGCAGCCAGCCCAGACAGCUAUACAGAAGAGCCUGCACCCAAGCACACGGUCCGCAGCCUCCAUCCUGCCAUGCUGCCCGCCACUGAUGGAGCUGGCCCUCGGUGAUGGGUCUGGGGCCAUCCUAAACCAGCCAGGAGUAUGCCCUUAGGCCACUGGGACUGUGGGCUUCAGGUCAGGUGGGUGAAGAUUGGGCAGCUCUGAAGCAGGGCAAUGGACUUGAUGAGCUUUCUAUGAUGUCUGAACUUUGGGAAGCCCAAACUGCCCCGGGGCUGGCUUUCUUGUUUCCUGCUUCAGUAGGAGAACAGAAAAAUGGAGUAAAGUGGUAGGUACUUUUCAUGAAGACGGCACGGUCUUCUCCCUUCCUCAAACCCCUAAGACUUCUCAAAUAAGAGGCUCGAGUGGCACUGUUUUUGGCCUGGAACUUGGGAGCCCUGUCUUUGCUGAGACCUGGGAUUGUCAGCUCUCACCUGAGGCAUUCAGCAGCCUCUGCCUUGCCUUUAGCCCCUCCCAAGCUGGCUGGGGUGGCUUUUGUGGCCACUCUGUCCAAAUAUAUAGGUACCCAAUAGCUGCCCGUUUCUUGAGCCCCAUCUUCACCCAGGCCAGUGUUGGUCCAUCCAGCUUGCCAGCUACUGCAGAGUCACAAACCUCGAGGUGCUUUCUUCAGGGCCUGAUUGAAGAAGAUGGCCAGAGGACUGCCUGCUCCCGACUAGCUGGGUCAGAGGGUCAGAAAACCCAGUAGCCCUUACUUCUUGCCCUGUGCACUGAAGCUCUGCUUUCUCUCCACUGAAACUUGUCUUCCUACUCCUUGUGGCUGUGGGGACCAAGUCUGCAGCUGUGAGCGUGCCCUUUGGGCUUUGUGUGAAGGCAGAGACAGGGAAACCAGUUAGAGGCAAAUGAGCAAGAGCUAUUUGGGCCACAUGGGCUUCAAAUCCUGGUGGUGUCUCCAGCGACCUGUCUGUAUUCUCGGCUCCACAUCACCGUUCCUGUGGGGAGCAAACGCCAGCGUGCCGAUGCGCGUGUGUUGGUGCUGAGAGUAGACGCAAGCCCCAUCUGUGCAUUCCGCUGGAUGCUCAGAGGGACCUCCCUGCUGCACGAUGUCUGUUUGCUGAAGGUUUGCUCUGUGUUCCGAACUGAACUGAGCACAAAUUCUGUCCUAGGAAAUCCAGGUAUUUGGGAGUUUUUCCUGGCAUUGGGAUUUGCUCGACUGCCGUGAUUUGUGAGAUCUUUAGGUCCUGAUAUGACCCAGAAUCCAGCCCAAAUCCUAGGACAUGGGGAAUCCAAUCAGAAACCAGUUUAAGAUUCACUUAGCAGAAUCUGAAACACCUCUCGAUGGUGCAGCUUUCAGUCAUCACCGUUGUAUGGGAGGCUGGCUUAGUGUAAUAGGAGUGCCCGCUUCCAAAAGUUGUACAUGACAUUUUUUGUAAAUCAAAUCUUUAUCCUUCAUCUUUUAAAGAAAUACUACCGCAAGUCCUUUGUAAGUGAAGAAUCCUUUAGUAGCGUGGACCACUGCCCCCUUGUUGGAACAAACGGCACACAAGUCAUACAUACCUGUCAUUGUACCCUCGUCACCCCAGCCAUCCCCCACCAGGUUCUGUCUUUGAGGUCAGAGGGAAAUGAGCCCAUGGCCCUGCCCUGUCCAUGACGAUGUGGAAGAACCAGCGCUGUGGCUGUUGGAAACGCCCUCACACAUGUUGGGUUGCAGCCCAGGACUUCCCUGGCUGUGACGGGGCCUUGAGUACAGCCGAGGACAGCUGUGUGCAGACAGGGAAUGAUCACUCGCCCCUGCCCCUCCUUUUCAGGUGUGAGGUCCUGUCCUUGGGGAUGGGAGCAACAUGGUUAACCCUCGUAGACUCUGACCCUCCGUCCUGUGUCAGCUUCCCAAAACCGUAUUUUGAUGAACAUUAGGAUGGGUUCCUUUCCAGUGCUUGGCAGCUCCUGUGAGGAAUCCCAUCUGUCUAAAGAUGGAGACUUUGUCCUAGGUCCUAAGGCUGUGUUACUUCCCAGUGGAUUAAUUUGACUUGGGAGUAAAAAGCUGCCACGGUGUGAAUGGGUGGAUAGGUUUCUGGAGAUGGAUCACACAUGCUAUCAGGAACUCAAGCUUCUGGCUCUGUCUUCUCUCAGAUUCACAGUGUGAACUGGACGAGUUCUCUCUCCAAGUGUCAGUCUCUCAUCAAUACCCUGGCUUGUCCAUCUCCUAGGCUGUGGACUGAAUGGAUCAUGAAACUAGAAGCAUUUUGAGACCAUAGAGAACUCUGUUGCCCUUGAUGACAAUCGUGCAGUGGGGGUUCCCACCCUGAGUCCAGGACGUGGGCGUGGGCCAGGCUACCUGACACACGGCAUUUGGGUAAUUUCGGUUCUAAGCCACUUUUGCCUGAGUUACUUAGAUUGUCCCCAUCUCUCUAGAUUGACGUCAUUUCUGUCUCAUUCUAAGUCAAGGUACAGGACUGAGAAUGCAAAAGAGAUACGGGAACAUAGGGAGAAGAUAUAAAACAUGAUGCUGGUACCCAAAAUGGGACUGGAUAGGAAAACACAAAGCUCCAGGUCUUUGUGAGAACUACAAGAUCCAUUAUUCUAUUUUCAUUUCUAAAACCUCUCCCCGCCCCACCAUACCCUUCACCUUCCUUUGCCACCUCCUCACACAUUAAGAAAUGGCAACAUUCCCAAAAUAAUAUCUGUACAAAAGGGAAAACACGUAAAGGUAAAAAAAAAGAAAGAAAGAAAGAAAGAAAGAAACACCAUGAGGAGAAUAAAGAUGACUGUAAUAAACGAAGGGACUCUCAUCUUUUAAGAAAAGUUCCUAUAUUAUUUGUAGUGCAAACGACAACAUGGUACAACCUUUAUCCUUUUCCAGAAACAAAACCCAGGGCACAGCAUCCGUAGUCAGCUGACAACUGUUUCGGCCUUUGGGGGUGGUCUGCUCGUACUUGUGAUGUCAGUGGUACGUGGCCCCUGCCGAGGGCGUGCCCCCUGCCCAUGUACAUAGCGCGGUGUUCCUGUGGGCGGGCCCAGCACUUUCCCUCAAUGUUGUACUGUACGUGAUGAAUUGAUGAGUUGCGUUGGUCUCUGCAUUUUUCUGCAGGAGAGGAGUGACCGCUCCAGGUACUGUGAUCUUUGUACAGCCCAGAGGCCAACACUGUGGGCGUGUGACUCUUUAGCGACAAAACCCAUGUGGUGAUGAAGUGUGUGUAUAUAUAUAAGGCUAUAUUGGGAAGAUUUCUAAAUAAAAGUUUUACAAAGGGG